GCGUGCGGCCGUAGUUCCGACUCGCCCGCGAUAGAUUGGAGCAGCAUAUAGCUCCUCGGCGAUGCUUCACCAGUCUAACCGGCCGGCAUAGCGCGUCGGCUUGCACUGUGUCCACCCAGUGAGGAGUGAGCUUUCGCUGUACUAUAGAUUCGCUCACACCACACAUCGAUCGUCAUGGCGACUCGACGCUUUCAGACAGACCAGGGUUGGGCUUGGCUGGUGCUGUUUGCUGCUAUGCUAAAUCAGAUUCUCACGCUUGGAUUCUCGUUCGUGCUCAGCGCCUACUACGUCUCAUGGAUGAACGCGUUUGGCGCGAACAGAUCGGUGACGGCAUGGGUUGGUUCCGUAAAUACGGGCAUGUUAUAUCUCGUAGGUCCUUUAACGACUAGCAUCGUCAGUCGCUUCGGUGUGCGGCGGACAGUCAUCGGCGCCAGCCUGCUCUCAGCCACCGGCUUUAUAGCCGGCACCUUCGCUCAGGAUAUCAUCGUUUUGAUCGUAUUCUGCGGCGGUGUAUCAGGCGUCGGCACUGGGAUCGGCUACAUAGGCGGAUUCGCAAUCACUGGCGACUACUUCGAAAAAUGGCGGGGACUGGCGUACGGAGUUGCUUCCACCGGCGUCGGAAUAGCACCAAUGUUUCUCGCACCUCUCCAGCAAUACCUCAUCGACUCGUACACGUGGAGAGGAGCUCUGCUCAUCAGUGCCGGCGUGGUACUCAACGGCUGCGUGGUUGGAGCCAUCAUGAGGGACCCGCCGGUGCACCACGCGUCCAUGUCAUUCAAGGAAUACUUGCGGAGAUGCUGCGAUUCGUCGCUAUUCAGAGACGCGAACUACAUCAUCCUGUGUCUUUCUAACUUCAUGUGGGGCUUCGGCCUCAGCCCCGUAAUCGUGCUGUUCUACGACCAUCUGAAAGGUCAGGGUUUCACGCCAGAGGGCGCCUCGUGGGCGUUCACGUUAUGGGGCAUUCUCAACGUCGUCGGCCGCCUGGCGGCAGGUUUCAUCAUUCAGACGAAGCUGCUGCACCUGUGCGGCUUUCACGUCUACUACGUGUCGCAGAUAAUGACGGGCAUCAGCUCCGUGUUGCUGGGCAUCCCGGGUCAGUCGCAGCUCCACUACAACGCCAUGGCCGGCGCUGGCGGCUUCUUUUUCGGCAUCAUGAUGUCGGCGUGGCCGAUGUCGUGCGUCGAGCUGUUCGGACAGAGACACCUGCUGUCUGCGAUGGGAUGGCUUCUCAUGUCCAUCGGUGCCGGCUACUUCACAGGCGCUCCCGUCGGAGGGUUUCUGGCGGAUGCUGCGGGAUCAACGCCCGUCGCCUACUAUGUCGGAGGGUCAAUCAUUGGUGUCAGCGGCCUGGUGCUGCUACUGCUGCCUCAUAUAUCGGUGAAACACUAUGAUGAUGAUGACAGCGAGCGAGCGGCGCAGGAAGCAGACGGCAGCGACAGGAACCAAUUGCAAGCUCUGCCCAACGGAGAACCUAGCGCAAUGUCCGUUCUAAUCGAAGAGAAGCCAGUCGCUGAAACUACAACGUAGAUCAUAUUUCUUCCAUUGACUGUGAACUGGUUGUGAUUCUGUUAAAGAUGAAAAUAUAUAUCUUGUAAUUUACCCGAAU